GAAACUGUCCUUGCUUAGAAUAAAAUGGAGUUCAACAUUAUUGUAUUUAGAGAUGUUACUAGUUUGUGCCACCCAGGAACCAAUAAGAAACUAUGUGAAGCAAAACUCUUUUUGAAUUCUGAAAGACAUCAUUUCACCAUGGGACAACAAAUUUCGGAUCAGACGCAGUUGGUUAUUAACAAGUUACCAGAAAAAGUAGCAAAGCACGUCACCUUGGUUCGAGAAAGUGGCUCCUUAACUUAUGAAGAAUUUCUUGGGAGAGUAGCUGAACUCAAUGAUGUAACUGCUAAGGUAGCGGCUGGCCAGGAAAAGCAUCUUCUCUUUGAGGUACAACCUGGGUCCGAUUCCUCUGCCUUUUGGAAAGUGGUCGUGCGGGUGGUCUGUACCAAGAUUAACAAAAGCAGUGGCAUUGUGGAAGCAUCGCGGAUCAUGAAUUUAUACCAGUUUAUUCAGCUCUAUAAAGACAUCACAAGCCAAGCUGCUGGAGUGUUGGCUCAGAGUUCCACCUCUGAAGAGCCUGAUGGGAACCCAUCCUCAGUCACAUCUUGUCAGGCUAGUCUAUGGAUGGGCAGGGUGAAGCAGCUGACUGAUGAGGAGGAGUGUUGUAUCUGCAUGGACGGGCGAGCUGACCUCAUCCUACCCUGUGCUCACAGCUUCUGUCAGAAGUGUAUUGAUAAAUGGAGUGAUCGACACAGGAACUGCCCCAUUUGCCGCCUACAGAUGACUGGAGCAAAUGAAUCGUGGGUGGUGUCAGAUGCACCCACUGAAGAUGACAUGGCUAACUAUAUUCUUAACAUGGCUGAUGAGGCAGGCCAGCCCCACAGGCCGUGACUUGGGGAAGACUUUCUGUUGUUAUACUUUCUGUUGUUAUUCUGAACUACAAAUACACUGUUGUCAUAGAGGAGGAGAGGAGGGACGUUGUGGCACACACAGAAAUAUCAGUUUUCCCACCCUCUUAUUUUUGCUAUUCUGAUAAUAUGUCCCGUCCUUAAAUAGACUCCCAUGUCUUCCAUGUAUGGUGGGCUACAGUUUGCUACUGUUUAGCCAUAUUUCCCACAGUCCACCUAUUCUGUGUUGCUCUUGAGCCCUUUGCUACAGAUAGCAGCAAUACUUGACACUACUGCUUUUCAGGGAUGGAGGGACUGUUCUGGCAUCUUUUUAGUAGGUUUAAAUUUUAGAGUGUUGACAGUUGUAGCCAUCUGAGAUAAAUGACUGAAACUAAUGUCUCAGUUGGAACCUGAGGCGCGUGUGCUCUGCCCCCUUGUGGUUCAUUAUGGAUCCUUCAGUUCUGUGGCCCAAUUGCUUCCUGAUUUUAUGUCACUUUUGGCCUUGGAUUCUGGAACUACUUAUUCUUUAUGUUGCCAUGAUGCAGCACAUAGAUUAGGCCUGUCUAGUUGGGCCUUUGACUCGAAAAUGGACUGUACUUGAGGGAUCUUCAUGGCUGCUUUAGAAAUGCAUCUCUGGACCUGGAUAGGUGUCCAUUGGAUUUUUUCAUAAUGCCCAUGUGGCUUGAGUUUUCAGAAGGAAUUUUUUCUUUUAUGGAAACACAUUUUGUAUUUCCAGGUUACACUGCGGCGUCCAGUCCUGAGCCAGACUGCAUUUAUUUUAGAAAAGACACCUUUCUGAGGCUUCGGUUUCCUCAGAUUUCUCAGAUUAAAGGAAGAGGAAGAUCAGGUAAACCUCUUCACCAAGCAGUUGUACAGCCCUAAAAUCCAGACCUUGAUUGGCUUUCUUCCCACUUCUCUGCACUACUCAGCAUCUUGAGAGAGAACAGUAACAGGCAUGCAGCCUAUGAAAGUGCUAGUGCAUGAAAUAAGUUCCCUUUAAGAAAUUUUAGCAUUCCAUAGAAGUCUUCUCACUGAUUUUUGGCAAGUUGCAAAUGUUCCUGUUUUCCUAAGUAUAGAUGUACACAAUUGAAGUUACCGCUUAUUGAUUUUUGAUUCAGAUUUUAAUGAAUAGUCAAAUAAAAUCCCUCUCCAAAAAUAAUAAAAAAGGUCUGACUUGAUUCUGUCCCCAAAUACUGAAGAUGUCAAUAGUUCAUUCACUGUAAGGACAGGGCAGUGACACACCAAAUGGCUAAGUAGUCCUGCCAAGCAUUCGGACAAGCACAGUGCUGUUGUCUGUCAUACCUUAGCUGAAAUAGUUUCACAACCCUGAGAAAGUCUUACUCUGUUGUAGGUUCCAAUUGAGAAACUCAGAUUGUGUUUGUAGUUUUUAAACAUUAGCAUUUCAAGUAAAUUCUGAGAGCCCAUCACACUGAGUACACACACAGUGCUACCCCAUUAUAGAGAAGCUACGUGUUAUUAAUACAGGUUUGCUUAUAUAAACCUUACACAGGGGAUCGCUUUUAAGUCGGUGUAUGAAAAGGUGAGAAUGUAUUGCUGAUACAGUUAGAUUAGAAUUUGUGAAUGAAAAAAACCACUGUUUUGUAAAAAUAAUAACGAUUCAGGGCUAGAGGCGUAACUCAGUUGGUAGAGUGCCUGCCUAGUGUAUAUAAAGCCUAGGUUCCAUCCCAGCUCUGCGUAAAAACAGUGAUGCUGGUGCACCCCUGCUUCCCCAGCACUUGAGAGGAGGAAGCAGGAAGACCAGAAGUUCCAGGUCAUCCUCCAUCACAUAGUGAGUUCAGGGAUAGCCUGGGCUACAUUGAAACACUGCUUCAAAAACAAUUGGGAUGGUCAGGCUAGAGAGCUAACUCAGUGGUUAAGAGCACUUGCUGUUCUUGCAGAGGACCAGAGUAUAAUCCCCAGCACCCACUUUAGUGGUUCACAACCACCUGUAUCUCCAGCUCCAAGGGAUCUAACACCCUCACCUGACCACCUAGGGCACCCACAUGCAUGUUACACACAGAGAGACACAUGAACAAAAAAAAACCUUUAAAACAUUUUAAAAUUCAUAUUUGCAGAUGAUUCAAGCUCCUCUGUCAACUUUCAAGUGCUCCAUAGAACACAUUCUCUAGGCCUUGGAAUGAGUGAUCUUCUGAGAUGUUUUCUAGCCCUAUAAUUGUCCUUUUGGAUUUAGACUUGCUGGGUUUAAUUCAAAUUGUCUAAUUUUAAAGUGUUUCAGAAAUUAAUAACAUAGCUUUAGGGGUUGGGGAUAUUUCCAGCAAUAGCCAAUACCUCUAUUCCCCAGAAUCCGUCAUUUUUGAAAGACUAGAAAGAGAGUCCGGUGACCCGAUGUUGCCCACUGCCCUUUAUUUAAAGUGUGAUCUCUGAAAUACUAACUGGUCUACUGUGAAGCGUCAGUGUCUCCAACUGCCUUAUCAAGUAGUGAGCAGAGUUCUCUAUGCAUUCCAUUGAACUGGGUGGUGACUCUUCAGAUGUCAACAGUAGGUAGGGUUCACCAUAGGAUCUAAUCAUAAAAGUUGUAAAUUUGUCUCAGUAAAAUGUAUACUUUUUCUAUUCUGUACAGCUUUGCCUUUAUAAAAUAAGAACUACAUAAAUACUUUUACCAUGGUAGGAAAUUGGGUGCCUUCAGAGAUGUGCAAACUGCCUCCUGCUUUGGGGAAUUGUUGUCAAUUGUAUGUUAGUGCUAUGCUCACUCAGUAACAGCAGGUUGACUCAAAUGCUGGAGACAUAGGGUUUCAGAGAGAGUUUGUGUACUGAUGUAAAGGCUGAGAACAGCAAGGCUUGUUUUAUUCUUAGGAAAACCUGAUACAAUGUGUAAUAAAUAAACUUUGCAAGUGAGCAUUAGCUAACUAAAAAGACUUUUGCUUAUGUACUUUCACAGUCUUAUAUACUAAAUAUUUAUAUUUAUUAGAGGACUGUUUUGUAUUGUGCUCUGGGGUCGUGGUGUUUGUGUGCUGUUUUGAGGUGAUUCUCUUGUAUUAAUAUACAACUGUGUAAUAAGGCUGCUUGGAAACCUUUUUUUUUGGUUCCCUGAUUUUUUAACACUGGGGAGUUGGGUUCAUUAAAAGAUAGUCUGAAUAACUUGCA